AACCACCGGACGUUACGUAACAAGCCCCGGGCCGCAGCGGCAGGGCCUCGGCCGAACAGCUGCCGCUUUACCGGGCAUCCACCGGGUCCGGGAGUCCGGUGAUUUAACGGCGCAGGAGAACCGGAGACUGAUCCACUGGACGGACCUCUGAGUAGAUCAGCGGGAAGACAGCGACACUCGCAGGUCAGAGAGCGGUACUGCAGCUCGAGUACUGGAGUACCUACAGUACAAGUAUACACUGAAGUCAGAUCCAAAAGUACACGGUAGAUAGCAGUAAAAGUACUCGGUAGGAGGCAGUAAAAGUAUUCGGGAGGAGGCAGUAGAAAUACUCGGUAGGAGGCAGUAGAAAUACUAGGUAGGAGGCAGUGUUGAGUCUUAACUUGGUUUUCCGGUUAAAGGACCGUAGAAGAAGAAGAAGCAUCCAGUUGCCGCACGAGAACCUCCGAAGAAGAAACCGAGGAAGUACCGGACUGUCAGCGGGAGGUGGCUGUAGAGUGAAAGUGAAAGCUGCUGAUGACUAACCCUGUUCCUGCAGCACCUAGAGAACAGCUGAGUGUCAGCAUGGUGCUGAGGGAGGUUCCCGCUGAGAACAUCACCCGUCCUCUGGGCAGGAAUGAGGUCAUCGGCCUGCUCUUCCGUCUGACCAUAUUUGGAGCCGUCACCUACUUUACCAUCAAGUGGAUGGUGGACGCCAUCGACCCGACCAGGAAGCAGAAGGUGGAGGCUCAGAAACAGGCAGAGAAGCUAAUGCGUCAGAUCGGAGUGAAGAACGUGAAGCUGUCGGAGUAUGAGAUGAGCAUCGCUGCUCACCUGGUGGACCCGCUGAGCAUGCAGAUCACCUGGAGGGACAUCGCUGGGCUGGACGAGGUCAUCACCGAGCUGAAGGAGACCGUCAUCUUACCUGUCCAGAAGAGACACCUGUUCCAGGGAUCCAGACUGCUGCAGCCACCCAAAGGUGUGCUGCUGUACGGGCCCCCUGGAUGCGGUAAAACACUGAUCGCCAAGGCGACGGCCAAGGAGGCAGGGUUUCGCUUCAUCAACCUGCAGCCGAGCACACUGACGGACAAAUGGUACGGAGAGUCGCAGAAACUGGCUGCUGCCGUGUUCUCAUUGGCUGUCAAACUGCAGCCGUCAAUCAUCUUCAUCGAUGAGAUCGACUCGUUCCUGAGGAGCCGCUCCAGCUCGGACCAUGAGGCCACGGCCAUGAUGAAGGCUCAGUUCAUGAGUCUGUGGGAUGGACUGGACACCGACCAUCACUGCCAGGUGAUCAUUAUGGGCGCCACCAACCGGCCCCAGGACCUGGAUUCUGCCAUAAUGAGGAGGAUGCCCACCAGGUUCCACAUCAACCAGCCGAGUGUGAGGCAGCGGGAGCAGAUCCUGGGGCUGAUCCUGGAGAAUGAGAGCAUCGACUCGUCGGUGGAUCUAAGUGACGUUGCCAAGGAAACGGAUGGUUUCUCAGGAAGUGACCUUAGAGAAAUGUGUCGUGAUGCGGCGCUGCUGUGUGUCAGAGAUUUCGUCCACAACCAGAGCGACAGUGCUUCAGAGGACUUCAUCCGUCCCAUCCGUCAGUCCGACCUGCAGAAGGCCAUUGGUAAGAUGAAGAAGUCCAAGUCGGCUGGCGGACACGGCGCUCUGCUGCACGCUGCUCUGGACUGAUCGCUGCCGCGGGUUCCAUCCCCGACUGCCGGGUUCUCCGUGUGCCGCCGCUUCGUGUUUUUAUUUCUGCAGCCAACCUGUUGGCGGCACUCUGCUUCCACAACCAGCCGUGGAAGAAUCCAGAACUCUGCAGCCCACAGGACGGUUCCUCCGCCUCCACCAGAAGCUCAGAACCUUUGACCCACAUCUGAGACGCUCUGAGGGGUACCCAGGAGACUCAGCUGCUGUUGCCAUGGAGACGCCUCCAUCCUCAGCGGUGAUGUCAGACUUUUAAACCUGCGACUCCCCGAUCAGUAAUCAAUACGGUUAUUUAUCAGCAAAUAAACAGGAAAAAUCCUAACCAGGUUUUUAUUUAUCAGAAAUUUAGUUUAAUUAUGUGGAGCUCAAACAGUUUAAUGUUCUCUAAAUUCUGAGCAGAACCACGGCUUUAAUGUGGGUUCUGUUUCCUAAAGGGUUCAUUAAUCAGAACAAUAAAAAUGUGCUUUAAAAGAACAAACCUGCAUUUAAACGUCCUUCACUGGAACCCAUUUCCACUUCAGAGUUUUUACUUUAUUCUCCUUUAAACUGGGCCGCCGCCCGGUUCUCCUGUUUUAAAGUGUUUACUGUGAAAAAUCAAGACGUAAACGUGUCUGUUUCUCAUCAAGUGUACUUUUUCUCCAGUUCUGUUGGACAGGAACCAGGAUCAUUAAUGUUUAGUUUGGUUCUGGAAAAGAGAAAAACUGAAAGAUGACGAAGUUCCAGAAUCUUCAGGAGGGUUUUUUAUUUUAUUGGCUGUGAGUUAUGAUGUAAGACCUGCUGGAUGAUGUAAUAAACUGCUUGAAACGGGA